AGGCACCUCAGCGUCUACCUGCAUUUGGGCAAUCAGUGAAAACAUCUAAAACAUGAUGUUUAAAAGUUUGGUCGCGUCUCUGUCGCUGCUGGUCGUCGCAGGAGUGAGUCACGGCCUCCCAGCCGUCGUCACGGCCCCUCCUCAAGUGGCCGCCCAGUGCCCCUACACGCCGGGGCCGAUCCCUCUGCUGCUGCCCAACCCCGUCGACUGCGGCUCCUUCUACAUGUGCAGCUGGUACGGGACGGCCCUGUUGCAGCACUGUCCUCCUGUGCUGCACUUCAACGCCAAGCUGCAGGUGUGUGACUCUCCUGAACAUGCCAACUGUGUACAGAGAACCACAGCUGCCCCUGUUUCCAGCAUCACUACUGCUGCCCCAGGCUCUAAUAUAACCACAGCUGUUCCCGUCUCCAAUGUGACCACAGCUGUUCCGUCUCCAAUGUGACCACAGCUGUUCCCGUCUCCAAUGUGACCACAGCUGUUCCCGUCUCCAAUGUGACCACAGCUGUUCCCGUCUCCAAUGUGACCACACUUCCUCCUGUCGCCAACGUUACUACAGCUGCCCCAGUCUCCAAUAUAACUUCAGUUGUCCCAGUCAACAGAGCAGCCACAGCAGGAGUGAGUCACGGCCUCCCAGCCGUCGUCACGGCCCCUCCUCAAGU